GUACUACGUCAUGACGUCGCGCCCAACAUGGCUGCGCCCAUGAGUGACAUUUCGGUCUUCACUGGCUAGCAUCCGAGUGUGCGGAGGGAAUGUGAAUUUUGAGGGGAGAUUGUAAAAUUGCAUCAGCUGAUCUUGUGUUAGAAGGAACCAAAGAUGCUUCUUUUGAGUCUUCGCUCCAGCCUGACACACUGCAGAGUGCAAGCUGUGCGCUACAUUCACUCAGCAGGCGCAAAGCAUCCCGGCACUCAGUGGAAACACACAGUCCAGAAAAGAUGGAAGAGCAGUGUGGUGUCGGAGGUGGCCGCUCCAUCCAGAGCUGCGGUCGGGUCUCUACCAAACUCUGCUGCCGAACGUGUCAUGGGUCGCUGGCUUCUUGUGUGCAGCGGUAUGGUAGCCGGAGCUGUGAUCAUUGGUGGAGUAACUAGGUUAACGGAGUCCGGGCUGUCGAUGGUCGAUUGGCACCUGGUGAAAGAAAUGAAGCCACCGAGAACUCGGGAAGAAUGGGAGGCAGAGUUUCACAAAUACCAGCAGUUCCCAGAAUUCAAAGUUUUGAAUCACAACAUGACCCUGAACGAAUUCAAGUUUAUUUGGUACAUGGAGUACUCCCAUCGGAUGUGGGGGCGAGCAGUGGGCCUGGCUUACAUUUUACCUGCCAUCUACUUCUGGAGAAAGGGAUGGUUUAACCGGGGAAUGAAAGGACGUGUGCUCGGCCUCUGCGGAUUUGUUUGCUUCCAGGGUCUGCUGGGCUGGUACAUGGUGAAGAGUGGACUGGAAGAGAAACCGGACUCGUAUGAUGUGCCCCGUGUCAGUCAGUAUCGCCUGGCCGCACAUUUAGGUUCUGCACUUGUUCUCUAUUGUGCAAGUCUUUGGACAGGAUUAUCUCUUCUACUUCCUAAACAAAAGAUGAUUGAGACAACUCAGCUGCUGAAGCUAAGGAAGUUUACACACUGGACGACAGGUCUCGUCUUCCUAACAGCGCUGUCAGGAGCCUUUGUGGCAGGACUAGAUGCCGGUCUCGUUUACAAUUCUUUUCCUAAGAUGGGAGAGCGUUGGAUCCCGGAUGAUCUACUUGCUUUUUCUCCAACCUUGAGAAACGUCUUUGAAAAUCCAACAACAGUACAGUUCGAUCAUCGCAUCCUUGGGAUCAGCUCUGUAGCAGCGAUCACUGGCUUAUAUUACUAUUCUCGGAAGGUUCCUCUGCCUCGAAGAGCAAGGCUCGCUGUGAAUUCUCUCAUUGCUGUGGCCUAUCUACAGGUUACGCUGGGCAUCAGCACGUUGCUCUUGUACGUCCCAACACCUCUAGCUGCCACCCACCAGUCUGGCUCGCUCGCUCUCCUCAGUAUGGCUAUCUGGCUCAUGAAUGAACUGAGACGUCUUCCAAAAUAGUGACCAAGAAGUGAAAGUACACAUGGGAUCAUCGCACGUUUCCGAAUAUAACUUCUUCAGUUCACAUAAUAUUAUAUUUUUUCUGGGAUGGAAAACUUUUUCAUUUUUUUUUCUUUCAUAAAAACUCUGUCUGAUUAAAGAGGACCUUUCACUAGUAUACAAACUAAAAACUAACUCUAUCUGUGGGCAGAG